UGUAACCUGUGUGUGUCUCUCGUCAGUCCCGGCUUCCUGCGGUUCGUCAGAGUUUUGUGCGGGAUGUCGUCCGACGAGAGGAAAGCGUUCCUGCAGUUCACCACCGGCUGCUCCACGCUGCCCCCCGGAGGCCUCGCCAACCUGCACCCCCGCCUCACCAUCGUCAGGAAGGUGGACGCCACGGACUCGAGUUACCCGUCGGUCAACACGUGCGUGCACUACCUGAAGCUCCCGGAGUAUUCCUCCGAGGACAUCAUGAGAGAGCGUCUGUUAGCCGCCACCAUGGAGAAAGGCUUCCACCUCAACUGACCUCUGACCUCCGACCACACUGAGCAUGCUCCUCAAGUCACCGCCGCCCCGCCCCGCCCGCCCGCCACCGCAGCGUGAUCGACGGAUCAGCCGGCCGAUCGGAACCGGCCGCCCGACUGACGAGCGAAGCCGGAGGACGACGAGGAGGACUCAGAAUAAAGAGACACAUCCUGAAGCUUCAUCGUCCUCCUCCUCCU